AUGAAUGUCGUUCGUGUUCCUGUUGAUGUGUAUACUAUUAACAUUGUGAUAAAGUUUUGUUGCCAAAUGCACUGCACGAGUGAAGGAUUUGCAGUCUUGGGCUAUGGAUUCAGACGUGCUAUAUUACCAGAUGUAUGCAUGUUUAACACACUCUUAAAUGGACUUGUUCUAGAAGAUAGAAUCCUCAAUGAAGAAAAAUUAUUCAAGAAGCUGAUCAAAGAAGGAGUUUGUGAGCCUAAUGCAAUUAUGUACAACACUAUGAUUAAAGGGCUUUGCAGAUUUGGUAAUAAUGAUGCAAACGUUGCUUUGCUUAAACUAAUGGAGGGAAGAGGUUGUAAACCUAAUGUGGUCACAUAUAGCAUCAUCAUUGAUAGUCUUUUUAAGGACAAAAUGGUAGAUGAUGCUUUAAACCUUUUCCAAGAAAUGGUCUUCCACAAAGGCAUAUUACUUGUUGUUGUCACUUACACCUCUUUGAUUCAUGGCCUUUGUAACUUAUGUCAUUGGGAUGAUGUCUCUAAUUUUCUCAAAGAGAUGGAGGACCAAAGUAUCUCUCUAGAUGUUUGGACCUAUAGUAUAUUAGUUUAUGCACUUUGCAAGGAAGGGAAGGUGGAGGAUGCAAAUUGUAUUAUCAACUUAAUGAUUGAAAGAGGGAUAAAUCCUAAUAUAGUGGCUUACAGUUCGCUUAUUGAUGGGUAUUGUUUGCGAGGUGAAAUGAGCAAAGCAAAGAAGUUUUUGAUUACAUGGGGUCUCAGAGGGGUCUCAGAGGCCAUGGAUUUGUUUCAUGAAGUAACUAAAAAAGGUGGUAUGCAACCGAAUGUGAUCAUUUACAACACCUUGUUACACGGAUUGUUUCAAGUUGGACGUUGUGAAGCUGCAUGCAAACUCUUUAACGAGAUACAAGCACGCAAACUGAUUCCAGAUGAAAGCACUUACAGAAUAGUCUUGAAGGUUCUAUGCAACAACAAACAAGUGGAUGAAGCACUAACUUUAUUUCAUCUGAAAGGGGCGAAUAAGAUAAAAUCGGAUAUUGCUAUAUAUAAUAUACUCAUUGAUGGUGCAAGUAAAAAUGGGAAGUUUGAUAUUUCAAAGAUUCUUUUUAAUCAGCAAAUUGUUAAAGGUUUGCAACCUGAUAUUUGGACAUAUAAUGCGAUGAUUGGUGGCUAUUUUCGGGAAGGUCUUGUGAGGGAAGCAAAAGGAUUGAUUCUUCAAAUGGAAGGAAAAGGCUACCCGCCAGAUACUGUGAGUUACAACAUUCUUCUCUAA